AUGUCUCGUCCUGUUACUCGUGCGACAAAUGUCGAUAAACAUCCUGGUCAACUUGAUCUAAGGGUAAAAAGACGCACCCAGGCAGAGGUAAAAGAGGCCAAAAGGGCAGAAGAAAAGGCCAAGGAGAAGAUGCAGCUAGCCAAGGUCAAGAAGUUGAAGAAGAUUGCUGAUCUGGAGGACAGAAUGGCCAAUGACAUGGCCAAAAUUGAGACUGGACGUGUCACACAGUCGUCUCAGCAGCCUGCGAAAUGUCCUCGGGCUUCAGACCCUCAAUCUCUCUGA